AUGGUCGUUUCCUCUUCUCGCUCUCUCGAGUAUCUUGAGAGCCUUCCUGGAACCGUCUUUCUGAAGCUCUACCAGCAGCCCUCAACUGCUUUGGCGAUUUUUCGUCGAAUGCUACCUGACUUAGCAAAAUGUUUUGUCAUGGCACUCCUCUAUUUGAAGGACCCUUUGCCCGCUGCCGAUUUGGAGCUCUGGGUCAGGGCAGGGAGUAAGCGCGAGAGGGAUAAUGCUCUAUCUAUUCUUAGCCGAUUGCAUAUUCUGUCGAGCACGACGACCUCCAGCCACCUGCGAGCAUAUAUCGUUACCACCCCAUUUUCAUCCUCCCUUCGACAAGCCCUUACAGGAGGAGAUAAGAGCCAGUCAUUUGGCGUAACGUCUAGCGCACCCGAUACGAACCCAAUGGCUGUUUCUGACUUGGAUGCCUAUGCUAGACGCCAAUGGGAAGGUGUGCUUGGUUACAUGGUUGGCACCAAUACCUUGGGGAUUCAACGUGAGAACGUAUCACUCAGCAAAGGAGUGAAAUCCCUCCUUCAAGUUUGUCACCUAGUGGAGGUACGCGAUCGCAGAGUUGAAAUUACUAAAGAAGGGUUUGCAUUUGUUCUGCAAGAUGUCAAUACUCAAGUCUGGCAUAUUCUUAUACUCUACGUCGAGAAUGCUGAGGCGAUAGGAAUGGACAGUGUGGAGGUUCUCUCGUUUCUAUUUCUUCUCAGUAGCCUUGAACUUGGCCAGUGUUAUGAGAAGAAAAAUCUUACUUCUACGCAACUUCGCACCCUCGCCGACUUAACAGAUUUCGGCAUUGUAUAUCAACACUCCCCUUCGUCAGACACUUCUAGGUUUUACCCUACACGGCUUGCAACGACUCUUACUUCUGACUCCAUGGCGCUGUCCAGUCCGAUAUCGGGUGCUCUCACCUCUACAGGCUCCAACUUGACUGACCCUACCGAAGCCCCAGGUACAGGCUUCAUUAUUAUCGAAACGAAUUACCGGUUGUAUGCCUAUACCUCUUCACCACUUCAAAUUUCUUUAAUAGCUUUGUUUACAACAUUAAAAUACCGUUUUCCGAAUCUUGUUACGGGAAAGCUCACCCGCCAAUCCAUCCGCCGCGCUGUUGAAAUGGGAAUCACAGCAGAUCAAAUCAUCUCCUAUCUUACGACACAUGCUCAUCCGCAAAUGCGAAAGUCGAACGCUUCAAAGUCUACUGCCAAUACCGCCAGCUUAGCCUUAUCUGUUCUGCCACCAACAGUAGUUGACCAGAUCCGCCUUUGGCAAUUGGAACGAGAUCGACUCAAGGCAACGCCGGGAUUCCUAUUCAAGGAUUUUGCUUCUUCUCUAGAAUUUGAGCCCCCGUGUAAGUAUGCUGAGGAAAUCGGAGUUCUGGUAUGGAAAUCAGAAAAGAGACGGAUGUUUUUUGUGACGAGACAUGAACAGGUUGCCGCCUUUCUGAGAAGUAAAGCUUCUGGCAGCUAA